AUGGCUGAGAAUAUUCCUUUGUUACCGGAUAAAAAAAAUGCAAUAUGUGCAGAUGUUAGGGAAGUUUUACGGGAAACAUUUCGAGAACUAAAGCAUUUGCCACCGAUCAUAAACGAACAGUUUGGAAAAGAAGGAGACGACCAACUUAAUUUAUUUGAUUCAGAUCUCUUAAUUAGAGAUUUAUCAACAGAAUGUAAGAAAUUGGGCGAACAUGAGAAAGACCUACAAUAUGAAUAUGCAAAGCGCCUCGUAAGGAAUCCUUUACCGAACAUCUACACGUUGCACUCACCACGUAGUCCUGCAGAAGAUAGUUCAUGGAAGCAAAAAUUCGGACUUCUUCAAAGAAAAGAUAUAAAACCUUCUAUUGAACAGAAUGCAAAUCAUGAUAAGAGCCUUUGGGUACAAAACAUAUUGAAUCGAAGUUCCGGUGACUUAACCGUUCUAACGAAGGUGUCACCGAUAGCACAGCAAGUAUCGUUAGAACCCGCCGAUGAAUAUUCAUUGCAGUCUAUAAGGCAAGUUUUGGGCGAGAUAAUACCCAGAGUUCCCCCACCCGCUAUGCCCAUCCUGCCGCCGCCAGAGAUGCCGGCUUUCAUCGUCUGCAUUCCAUCACAAGUGGAAUUUGUGAAUUUCUCUGUCGGGGAAGUACAUACGCAAUUGCUACGUCUAGUGAAUACGUCCAAGGUAGAAAUAAGUCUAUCUGUCCGUCCACCCCCACGUCAAGACCUGCGUUUGGAGCUCCGGUCUCGACUGGCGGUGACUUCGGGUGCUGCUGCAGAGAUCAGUCUGCACUUCACUCCACAGAGUGUACGUGCGGUAACAGAGGAACUUUCUGUUCGCGUCUCUGUUGGACGCUCUUUGGUUAUACCUAUCCGAUGUUAUAUGGAGUCGCCUUCACUUGAAAUUCUACUUCGAAAUGUAACAUCCGACAUACGAGUACAAACGUUCGAUGCAUCAGAAAUUGUACAAGAUGUAUUGGACUUGGGAGCAAAGCUAUUGGGAGAUGUGCAUCGUAAACCCCUGUUGUUCAAAUCUGAUGCAAGACAUGCUUCAUUCUUUAUACUGUCUGAAGACUCGUGGCAAGAACGUAAUAUUGAGGUUGUAAGAAACAUGACAAAGACCUCAUCUAAUUUUGGCGUCGUGUCCGACUGCUUCUAUAUUUCGCCGGCUCAUUGGGUAGGGGGUGCACGAGGAUUAGGUUGCUCAGACUGCACAAGGGGUGUAGACUGUGGGUGUAACGAGACGAGAGGGAAAGAGGGUGUGGUGGCAGCGCGUCUGACGUCGGCUGGCGCACGCGUGGCAGCUUUGCGCAUUGUCUCCUCUACUGCCACCGUGCGUUCACUGGAUUUGGUGGCUGAUGCACUCAUGUUCAGCCCUGAGCAUGUUACGAUCAAGAAAGAACAACUAGACGGGUUUCCUGUUUCAGUGGAAGAAUUCCAUGGUAUUCUAUUACCACGCACCAGCAACCCGCAGAGUGUACGUGCUGCGGACUGCGGCUCUGAGCUUGGGACGCAGAGAGCUGUAUUAAUGUUAAUUCUGAAAAAUGUGCCACAAGACAGUCUUCCGAGUGACUAUGACCCCAUCAUUGUGGAUUCUUGCACAGUACAAGAAGAGGCUAUACCUGGAAUUAGUGCGAGCUGGUCGCGCGAGGUGUGCUCCCUGGUGUGCGCGCAGGUAGAAGUGCGGUGGGUGGUGGUCCCCUUGCGCUUCACUGUGGACCCACCAUUCAUAAGACUAUUUUGUUCUAAAAGGGUUAACUCAGUGACGAUACCGCUACGUGUGACGCAGCUGUACGGUGUGACUGCUGUCGAUGUUAGAAGAGUUUCACAAAAAGAACCACUAAGACUUAUCCCAGGAAGACCUGUCACCACGACUGUUGUUUUGCCACUACAAAUAACUAAUAAACCAGUAACAGAAGUAAUUACGUUUACUAGUAUGGGAGGUGAGUGGAGUGCAUCCACUGUAAUAGAGUAUACGUACAGGCCACGUGGUCUCACCCUAGCACCUGUUACCAUGCUUCUCCGCACGUGUCCUCCCACCGCCGCCGUCUGCGCUGAUCUUGCUAUAUAUAACAAUACUUAUCAAGAUAUGACAUGGCACGCCACGUGCCACCCAUGGCGCGAGCGCGCGGCCGCCUGCCCCGGCCGCGGCUGCAGCACGUGCGCGCGCCGCGACUGUCGCUGCGCCGCGCUGCGUCCCGCGGCCGGCGAGGUGGCGCACGCGCACGAUGCUCUACUUCGGUAUAGCGUUACUGCACCUGAUGUCGAAGGUUGUUAUGCCACCUUAAUCGAAGUGACUACAGAGGAGAAAGGAGAAGAAAUAAAACAGAGAAACACAACAGAAAGCGCAGCACUAGUCGCGUAUAGAGUGCUGGCACCGCGCCUUGCUCUUCGCGUUGUACCUUGCGGUGAAGACAAGAAGGGGGAAUGCUCAGGGUGUAUGCUGGACGUGGGCGCCCAUAGCGUGGGAGUGGGCAAAGGCAUGGCUGUGCUUCGUCCCUUGUCUCUACGACGCGGCGCCCGAGCUUGCUGUAGGCUACGCGUAUGGAACAUCACUCCGAUAAGCACGCGUGUAGUGUGGGGGCAGUGCGAAGACGACGCGCUGAAAGUUACAUUUCUCCCUAAUGAAUUCGAUGUGGAAGGCUUUACCGAAGCUAAUAUCAUGGUCCUGCUAGAAGCGAAGCAAGUGUGCUGCCGUAAAAUGUUUGUUUGUCGCGCGCACGUCGCGCAGGCACACCCUCUCUACUUACUCAUUGAUACUGCCAUAACUGGAGUGGAAGUUACAAUAGAGUUUCCGAUCGGAGGAGAUGAACAUACAGACUCCUUUGUUACUUUUAAAAUGAUACAAAAAGAAGAAUCUUCAAACAUUUUUCCUGAAGAGAUAUCAACGUCUAUAGAAGAUAUAUUCGCUAAAGAAGAAAUCAAACGAGCGAAUCAAAAACGUAAGCAAGUAUUAUUGCUU